UGUAGCAGCCCUAUGUUCAAUGUUAGUUUUGCGCCAUACUUCGUACAGUGAACAUGUUUCCUGCCGUGUUAAUUCUAAUAAAUUUAAGUUAUAUAAUAUGCGACUCUGAUGGCGGAAAAGCACCAAGGAUACCUUUGAAUGAUGGAAAUUUCAUGCCUGCUAUUGGAUUGGGGACCUUUCUUGGCUUUGACGAAAACGGACAAAAAGAAGUAAGAGAUGAAGAAGUGGAGAAACCUGUGACUUGGGCGCUCAAUGCUGGAUAUAGAAUGAUAGACACAGCCUCCGCCUACCAUAAUGAAGAACAGGUUGGAAGAGGGAUCGUCAAAUCGAAUGUACCUAGGGAACAAGUCUUCAUUGUUACUAAGCUCGGUUUGAAUGAACAAAGAGAUGUUGUACACUCCUUACGAGGUUCUCUGAAACGUCUGAACACUUCAUAUGUAGAUUUGUAUCUGAUACACAAUCCAGUUGCAUUGAAGCCCGACCACAGUGGCUUUGAUAUUAUAGACUAUUUAGACACUUGGAAGGGCAUGGAGGAAGCAAAACGCCUCGGACUCGCCAAGUCCAUAGGUAUUUCUAACUUCAACAUAAGUCAGAUGGAGCGUCUACUAUCGAAUUGUGAGAUACGACCAGCUGUUCUGCAGGUUGAGGUGAAUCUAAAUUUGGCCCAAAAUAAACUCCAGGAAUUUACAAAAAGAGAAAAUAUCGCUUUAAUGGCAUACACGCCAUUUGGUUCGCUCUUCGACAAGACUGGUGUACCACCACCUCCCAGGAUUGAUGACGUUACAAUGGUGGAAAUGGCCAAGAAAUAUAAGAAGAAAGUACCUCAAAUUGCGCUACGGUAUUUGGUGCAACGAGGUAUUUCGCCCAUACCAAAGUCAGUGCGUAAAGAGAAAAUCGAAGAAAACAUCGACAUAUUUGAUUUUGAAUUGACCGAAUCGGAUAUGAUUACUUUGAGUGAAUUCAAUAAAAACUACCGCGUUGUUUGGCCUAGCUUCUGGCAGGAGCAUCCUUAUUAUCCUUUCGAAAGGAAAGAGAAACCCGAUAAUGAUUUAUUCAAACCAAAACCUAAAUAAAUUGAAAUUAAUAUGUCUAUUCAGAGACGAUCGUUAAAAUUAGUUUCAUUCAUUGAGUUAAUUUUUUCUAUCGGAUUUCAUAUUUCGUAUUCACAAUAUAUGAAGCUCCCAUUCCUACAUUUUCAUUAAUGAUUUAGAAAUAACAAUUGUAUAUACAGGAAACAUUUUGGAAUUGGGUAAAAUAAAGAGAAAAAAUACUUGA